AGGGUCGCGGAGUUAGUCUGAGUCGUGACGGUCUGGGUUGCAGUUGAAUGUUCGUGUGCAUAUCGGAGAUUUGAGUGAGAGUUGCUUGGUGAUGUUCUAAGUCCUGCCAACGAAGACUGAGUUUACCGAACGAUAAACUUUCGGUUUUUUCGUCAUCUAAAUUGUUAUAAUGCGGGUAGAAAUCCAUUCUGCGGCAAAUUUCCUGGUCCAUCUGCUGAGGCUGAAUCAUAAUGGUCUCAGCGAAACUCAGCUGGAGAUGUUCAAAGCAUCGCUUACUGAAGUUCUGCGUAUGCGAUACAAGGAGCAUUGGUUCCCCGAAAAACCAUCUCGUGGAUCUGGUUACCGUUGCAUACGUAUCAACGGCAAGAUGGACCCAGUGGUAGCGCAAGCUGGGAAAGCUGUCGGACUGCCGCCUGCGUACCUGCACAGUCUGUUUCCUUCGGAGUUAACGAUGUGGAUAGAUCCAGCUGAAGUGUCCUAUAGGAUCGGCGAGAACGGCUCCAUCUGUGUUCUGUACGAAGACACAGCACCAACGACGUCGGAGGAAUUCGCACUGGAAAGGCCCCUGACGAAGUGCGAUGUUCCUGCGUGCAGUACGGGCAGCGGCAACAAUGGUGGCGGUAGCGGCAGCAGCGCGACCUGCAAGGAGAGCUUGAUGUUCCUAGACCCACGGGGAGUGCAGCAUCUGGCGGCGUACGUCUCCAGCUGAACAUCACGGCCAGCAUCGUAUGAUUUCCCGGUCGCAAAUUUGCCAAACUACAUGAACAAUUGUGAUCUCAGUGUUUCCUUAUGUCUUGAUUUGCUCGUGUUUAUUUGUCUAUUACCCAAAUUCUGUCUUUCAGAGCGAGUCUUCAGGGACCAAAUUUGUGCAAGGAUGGCCCGAUCCUAUCGAAGCGGCCAGUCGUGUUUUUUUAUCUACGUCAUUUUCAAAGGAAAAGAACGAGCUUGAACGUUGUUAGAUGAAUGCAUAGAGA